AAAAUGUAAUCUGAUUUCAAAUCCGUAAAUCAGUAAAUUGAAGAUCCUGUUAUCAUAUUUCAUAUUGUUCGAUAAACAACGAUUAAAUUGAUCAAUCAAUCAAUCAAAUCAACCGAUCAACUAAUUAACUAGAUAUUUUUUCAAAUUUCAUUUUUUUUCUACUACUGCUGUUGUUGCUUUGAUUUGAUCUCAAUUUAUUGAUCCCUGUGUGUCUAUUUUAAUUGCAAAAAUAUUUUCAACAAACAACAAACGACGAAAAGUGAUUGAAAAAUGCCUCCACACGCCGGUACACCGUCAAAUAGUAACACAUCAUUACCACUUUAUCAUUCAGUUUUAUUAUCGAUUAGUGGUGAUUCAAAGAUCUCAUUACAACAUACCUCAGUACAACAAUUAUCUGCUAUUCCUGAAGAUCGUGAAUUAGUUGAUGUUGAUGAUCGACAACAACAACAACAACCACAACAAGAUGGAACUUUUACACCACAGAUGAUUAUUGAAGAUGAAUUUGAUGAACCACAUAUUCUUAUACAGGAUCCAGCACCGGAUGGUGGUUAUGGUUGGGUAGUUGUUAUGGCAUCAUUUUUCUGUAAUCUUAUUGUUGAUGGUAUUGCCUAUACAUUUGGUUUGUUUUUCGAAAUAUUUGUUGCACAUUUUGGUGUUAGCAAAAGUAAAGUUGCCUUAUGUGGAUCCAUAUUGAAUGGAUUCUAUCUUAGUGUCGGACCUCUUGUAAGUGCAUUAGCCAAUCGGUUUGGUUGUCGUAUUGUCACAAUAAUGGGUGCAAUAAUUGCAUUCUUGGCAUUUUCAUUAUCAACAAUUGCACCGAAUAUUGAAACAUUGUAUAUAACAUAUGGUUUCUUUGGUGGUGUCGGUAUGGGUAUGAUAUUUUUACCCGCAAUUGUUUCGGUUGGUUAUUAUUUUACAACAAAACGUGCAUUCGCUACCGGUAUUGCUGUUUGUGGUUCCGGUGUUGGUACAUUCCUGUUUGCACCAUUCUGUCAAUAUUUAUUAGGUGUUACAACAUGGCAAAAUACAUUGCUUAUAUUAGCAUUUAUGAUUCUAUUAUGUGCUGGUUUUGGUGGCCUAAUGCGACCAUUAAAUGUUCAUGCCAAAACUGUAUUAGGUGAAGGUGAUGAUAUUGAUAAUCAAGAAAUAUUGGAUAAUUCUGAAUUAAGGAAACCAUUAUUGCAACGAAUUGCUGAAGAAAAACGUCGUCGUUUAUUAGCACAUUCAAAUUCACAAUUUUUAUUAAUGAUGCAACAUGGUAGCCUAGAUCUUAAUGAUCUGACAUUUACUGAACUAAAAAAUCGUCUUAAUUCAAUGAAUAUGGAACCAGGUGUUCAUUCAACAUUAUAUCUUGAUCAAUUAUUUCAACCGCCAACACCUCAACCACAAACACCUACACCAUCGGUAGCUAUUCAUAAUCAGAAUAAUAAAGAUCAUCAUCAACAACAACAACAAACAUCGACAUGUCCAUCUACAACACAAUCACAAUCACAAUUAUGUACAGAUCAAAAACAUCAACUAUCACCUAUUAUUGAAUCGAAAAAAAUAUUUAGUGUUAAUUCAUCGGAAGAUUCAUCGGGUGAAAAUAUAACGAUCAAAGAGAAUGAUAAAGAAACAAAUGUCGAUGUUGAACAACAGCCAAAUGAUGAACAAUCACAAGAACAAGAUGAUAAAAGUAAUAAUGAAUGUGAUAAUAAAAAAAUACCUAAUGCUGUUGCCGAUGCUGCUGGUGCUGUAGCAUCUGAUUAUAGUACUGAUAAUAAUGAUGAUAAUGAUGAAGAAGAAGAAGAUGAUGCUAAAUCCGAAAUGACUACACCAACAUCAGCAGCACCAGAAUCACCUUCAACAUUACCUCAAUCACCUUUAUCCGAAAUCAGUCAUAUUAGAUCAUAUACUAUGGCAAGUAAUUUUGUAUUACAUCCACGUAGUCGUCGUUCAACUGUAAGAACUGUUUCCGAAAGUGGUCAAACAGUCGAUUCAUCUAAUUGUCUACCAUCAUCAUCAUUAUUGCCACAAAUAAAUGGAAUGGGUACUAGUGGUCAAUUGCCUAUUCAAGUAAUAUUAUCUUCAACACCUGCAGGCGCUAGUUUAUCACCGGAAGAAUCAAAAGAUAAACGAACCAUUACAAUUCAAGCUAUACCAGUUCGGCCAUUAUCAAAAAAAGAUAUUUUUUAUUCAGGCUCUACAUUACAUGCACCAAGUUCGAUGCAACAUUUAGCCGAAUCUGGAGUCAACAUUGGUCAAUCGAUUGUUUCAAUUCCUGCCAGAGAUAUUAUUGCCAAGGUCCAAAAACAAAUUCAACAACAAGAAGCUGGCGGAGCCGAUGAUGAUGACGAUGGCUUAAAAAUGUCAUCAUACCAAAAGAAAAAUGUUUGUGAUAAAAUAUUGAGAGUAUUAUGUUCGUUCAAAGAUAAUUGCUGUCAACAUAAUCAACAACAUCAACAUUUGAACAAUGGUAAUAACAAUAUUGAUGAUCAAAAUGAAACGGGCGACUGCUGUUCAGAAAUGAAUUCCUUAAAACAACGAAAAUUUCAGCAACAACAACAACAACAACAACCAAAUGAUGAUAAUCUACAGGAAAAACAAGGCUGCUGGAAUCGAUCACUUAACUUACUUCCGCCAUCAAUGAAAUCGAUCCUUAAUGAAAUGUUAGAUUUUUCUUUACUUCGUGAUAGUAAUGCAUUCACCAUUUUGGCUAUUUCAAACAUUUUCGGUAUGAUGGGAUUCUAUGUACCAUUUGUUUACAUUACUCAAUUUGCUACCAGUUCGGUCAUGUCCGGUGAUAAAUUAGUGACGCCAGACCAAUCUGCCAUUCUAAUCUCAGUCAUUGGCAUCACCAAUACAUUUGGUCGUCUAUUGUUUGGUUUUUUAACUGAUCAUAUUGCCAGAAAUGGAUCUUUAUGUGGAUUGAAAAUUACCGCUUUAGAUUUGAAUAAUAUUUGUGUUAUAUUGUCCGGUUUGUCUGUCAUUGCAGCGCCAUACUGUACAACCUAUUUUGCUGUUAUUAUCGAUUGUGUUCUAUUCGGUCUUUUUAUCUCUGCAUAUAUUUGUUUAACUUCGGUUAUUUUGGUCGAUAUGCUUGGCCUAGAAAGAUUGACUAAUGCAUUCGGUUUGUUAUGUUUGUUUCGUGGUGCUGCUUCAUUAAUUGGACCUCCAUUAGCUGGCGCAUUAUUCGAUAUGACACAAUCCUAUCACAUAACAUUUGCAGCAUCUGGCAUAUUACUCAUCAUAUCUUCCAUAAUGGCAUUUUUCGUUAAAUCAACGGGUGAUCGUACCGUCGAACAAGAAUCGGAUAAUGAAUGUGAUGUUUAAAUUUGAAUUUAAUGGACAAAAUUUCAUAAAUAAAUCAACCCUCCAAAAUCAUCAACGUUGAAUCUCAUUAUUUUCAUAUGAUUAAAUCACUCAUUCAAAUCAUAG